UGCUGAUCCGAGCAUCCAAUCAGUCAUGACUGCAUGGUGAGACAAUUCCUAACUUUUCCUAAUUUUAACUGGGAAGAAAAGCAGCAGCCUUCAAGAGUAAGCGAGUGCGAGGAUUACAGUACACUCGCAGGAGUGCUGUCCCGAGAUUACUCACUGAGUAACUUCUAAAAAAAGGCUAUAGCACUGAAGAGAGUCUGUUUAUCCGACACUAAAAAGAGACUCCACUAUUACCUGACAGUACAAUGACUGCGCUGUACCGGACAGUCCUGCUAUUCACAGUCAGUGUGGCUUCCCUGCAGCCACAGAGGUCUUCACGGAGUAAAAGGGGUCUCCUGGAACUGGCUGGGGUUAUCAAGUGCAGCACGGGAAGAUCAGCUUUAUCUUAUAUGAUGUAUGGAUGUUACUGUGGCCUUGGGGGUGAAGGGUGGCCCAGGGACAGAGCAGAUUGGUGUUGUCACAAGCACGACUGCUGUUACGGAGAUGCAGAAUUUGCUGGCUGUCAGACAAAGACAGACAGUUAUCAGUGGACGUGUGACGACGAGGAGCCUGACUGUGACUCGCUUAAUGACAGAUGUGCGAAAAUCCUCUGCCGAUGUGACAAAGAGGCAGCCAGAUGCCUAAGAAAAGCACCAUUCAACAGAAAAUACGCUGUGUGGCCUGACUUCCUCUGUGGUUGUGUACAUCCAACAUGCAAUAUUUACUGAUUCUAUAUACAGUAAUGCAUUUAGUAAAGAAAUCUAAGUUUAUAUUUUAUGCCUUAACUAUUAUAGGUAUAGGAGUGUUUUUCUUUAUUAUGAAUUUAAUUUCUGAAAUAGAUAUUUGUACAUUUUAUAUAUACAUAGCUUCCAAGAAAUGGUUAAUUAUACAGUAAGCAACAUCCUAGAUUUGUUUUCUGCAUGGCACUUCGCCAUGACAUUAUGGCAUUUCAGUCUGAAGAAGAGACAGGGUUAAUUGUCAAAUUUCACAAGUUUAUUUUUCAAAUGUUGAUUUUUAUCUAAACUCUUGACAAGAAGUUAUGACAAAGAUGUAGUUCAUUGCAUGUUGAUUUUUUUGUGAAUAAUUGGGACAAGUUGUCACCAGUGGCGGCCGGUGACUUCUUUUUUCGAGGGUGCUCGAUGCGAAGUACGUCACAACAUGUAUGUAGCCCGUCAUGUGUGUGGUUCGUAAUUUCAAAAUAUGUGUUCGGCUGGUCGAGUGAACCUGUGUGCAUCACGUGUCUUGUCAAAAUAAGUGUCUGCUGCAGACGCGUCUAAAGGUUUUAUGAUAAAAGAGACGCUCACGUUUGCCAGAUACUCGCAUAAUCUAAUCAGAGUUUACUGUUAAGGGAGUGUCUUGCGUCUCCUUUAUCAUAAACGGUUUUGACGCGUCUGCAGCAGGCACUUCUUUUGACAAAACAUGUGAUGCACAUGGUUCACAUGACGCAACAAACACAUAUUUUGAAAACGCAAGCAACACACAUGACACUCCAGUCCGAACACAUAUUUUGAAUUUGCGCCCCUCGGAUAAGCAGUCACGAGCCGCCACUGGUUGUCACAAUGGUUGCCUGCUGUUUACUGAAACUGACUUGAGAAGAAUGCGUUUUUAUGAAAAUAUAACAUACAGUAUAAAGCAGUGGUUGUCAAACUGUUUUGGCGUGGGGCCCUUCUUGUGUAUGGUGCAUCUCUUCAUGGCCCCCCAAAAGAAAAUUUAUGACAUAAAACAUUUCAAAACUUUAUUUUAUUUUUAUUUACUUAUUUAUAAAUGACAACACACAUUAAUCAACAUUUCUGUAAAUGUGCCAGUGUUAGCCAGAUGGCUAAUUUUCAGCUGUAAUCCUUUGGCCAGAUGUUUUUAGACCAGAAUAGCAAGAAGCAGCAAGACAAUUAAUACAGGUUAUACAUACAAAUUUCAACAAAACUUAAGAUUUAAACAAAACAAAACAUAUUCAAUUAUACAAUGUAGUGCUGUUGGUAUAGCCUUAUUUUUCUGAGGUUUAAAGGUGCAGUGUGUAAUUUUUAGAAGGAUUUCUUGACAGAAAUGCAAAAUAAUAUACAAAACUAUACUAUCAGGGGUGUAUAAAGACCUUUCAUAAUGAAUCGUUAAGUGUUUAUUACCUUAGAACGAGACCUUUCUAUCUACAUACACCGUGGGUCCCCUUACAUGGAAGUCGCCAUUUUGUGCCGCCAUUUUUCUACAGAAGCCCUUAACGGACAAAUUUCUUUACUAAGUUGUCUCCUACGAUUACGUUUGUCCGGUGCCGGCUACCGUAGCAUGUGUUUCAAAAGCGCGGGGUGAGCAGUGGACUAAGCCGUUGGUUGCAAUUCGCAACCUCACCACUAGGUUACACACUGCACCUUUAAUUACACAUAUGAUACAUGAAUGUGUACAUGAAGACAAAACAAUUAAGAAAAAAAUAAUUCAAUGAGCAAAAAUGAUAAAGGUAACAAAAAUAUCAAACCAGUUUUCAGGCCAACAGAAAUUGUAAUUCAUAAGUACAUUUACAACAUGUAAACCACACACCAAUCAAUUGUGACAACCUGUCUGUUUAUGAAAUUCAUGAAAAAAUAAAUUUGUCCUAAGAAUGAAGUUAAAACGUUUUAGUUUCAUUAAAGUUUUAGUUGACCAACAGAAAACAUGCAUUUUUGUAAUUGGAAGCAUGUUGUAUUCAAAAAGUGGUACAGAAGCUGUCACUGGGACGAUACCCUUUAUUAAGAUCCCAGUAUGUAACAUUAUUGUUUUCAUUUGGGACCAAUAUGCACAUUUGAACUACUAAUAUGAACUAAUAUAGAUACAAAUGUUUAGUUUUUGAAAAGGUGCCGCCUCAGAAACAGCUUUACCUUUUUUCUGAGAGUGUAGGCCUGGUCUCCCUUUUAGCUUAUAUUGUAUGUUUAUUAAAGAGAAAAAUAUAAUGCUAAGACAACUGACAAUGCAUGUAAAUGCCUAAAGGAUUGUCUGAAUCAUGAAUAUGUUUGCUAUUGAAAAUAUUAAUUAAAAUACCAAUAAUAGGUUUCAUAUUGACAGUGAUGAUUGUGCAGACCUUUCAUACUAUUUAUAUCACACUAAAAAACAGAGUUAUUUACUUUAAUUUACAUUACAAAUCCCAGAAAACAUAUUUGAUACAGUUUAAAUUGUUAGUGCUCAGAAGAUUAUCUAUAAAAUGUAAAAUAAUGAUUGGUUUGAGUCUGACUACACACACUCACACUGAGUUGGCACUGAUAGAGGAAAAUUAAUGGAUCAUAUACUGGAACUUUGAAUAUUAACUAGCUGGUUCGGUUACCAUAGCUUUGCCAAAAGCAAAUGCGGUAAUAUCAUGGGAAUGAUGGGAAUUCUGACCCUGGCAGAGCUUGUUGUCUUUUCUAGGCCAAAAAGGAAAUCUAGCUCCCCCUGUGUCCUUAAAAGUCUUUUCAUAAAUGCUUUUGUGUUCUGGGUCUUAAUCGGUUCUCGAAUUAAUGCUUAUAAUAUCAUCUCUCUCAUUCCCAAAAUUACACAGAAAUGACAUCAGACUCAUUAAAAGACCUUGUUCAUUCUUUAAAAUGUGUAUGAGUAUGAUAGCAGGAGAAAGAGACAGACCUAGAAGAUAAACCAGACAGCUGCUGCUAAAACUUACCAAUAGGUGGCAAUAUAGGUUCAGUUUUCACAAACGUGGCAAACAAAAGAAUUUUGCUCAUAUUAACUUUAUUGUUUGUCGGUUUAACAAUGUCAUUACAACAUAAACACACAUAAUAUCACUCAAGAUAAUUCAUUUAUAAUCUAAAACAAAUGCAUUGUAUUUUCUAACCUUCAUUUAGGUCUUCCUGUUUCAUGUAUAAUCUUGCACUGUUACAAUUUUUUUA